UCCUUACUGCAGUCACCGUCAAAGCAGCAGCAACCUACAAAUCUGCAAGGGAACGGGGAUCGCUGCUUUUUUCACCUCUCCCCCAUCCAGCUUUCCAUAGACAUACACUCAGAAAUCAGUUUUCAUGUUUUUCUUUGCCAAGACAUAAGCGAUAGGAAUACGACACCUUUCUUUUAAUUAAGAAAACAAAGGCGCCUCGUCAGUUUUUUUCCGUCUCGCCGUCUUGUCUUAUUUAUUUUACUAAUUGCGGAAGCUGACGUUAUUAAACCAGGCUUUGUGGUCUCUAGUCUACCAGAACAUAUAUUUUGGAGUAUACAUGUUUAAGGGAUGGAAGCUGCAAAUCCUUCAUUUGGAUGUAAAAGGCUCUUCACUGUGAUUGUUCUCGUUGAAGCGGAGAUUCCCUGAUUUCUUUACUCUUUGCCACACUACGAGUUUAUCCCUAUAGAGGGCUUUGAAUCUUUUACUUCAGUUUGUCUAGGAUGUCUGGUAGGAAAACGGUUGACGAUAUUCUAUAUGGCCAAAUAUGAUCUUCCUUGAAUUUUAACUUCGUAAACUAUGUCAGUUAUUAAUGUUUAUAAAUAAGUGGACGUGUUUGUUUUACUUGCAUCGUUAAAAUAUCGGCUGAGGCAUUUUAGUAAAUUGGGCAACUGUUGCUUUUUGCUUGUUUAACUGAUAACGCCUCUCCACAAGUUGCGCUGUUUAGGUCGUGAGCGACUCCCGACCUCACGACACUGAGCGUGGGCUACAGUUUCACGCACUGGGGCAGGCAUCUGAUAUCAAAUGGGAAAUACAAUAGAUCCAGCGCAGCAUCAACAGAAUUACGCCUGUGGUUUUCCCGCUGUAAUUUAGAUUUAGUUUGUGUGAGUGCACAAAAAACCCGUAGAUUUUUUUAAAGGAUUAAUCACAUUUAGGCAUAUAAUGUCGUAUACUAUAAUUUCAGAGAACGAUCUGGAUAGCCUUCAGGACUUAUGAGUAUGUACAGGAGGGUGUGAACUUGCCUGCCCCCCGACAACACUUAUUUCAUCUGCUUCAAUAUUUUAUUACGGGCUGUCGUGAUGAUGGAUCUGAAAGUGGAGUCAGAAGAAGCGGACUGUAGCCAGCCACCCCCGAUCGACGUUUUUGCGAACAGGUCAACGUUGCACGGCAUCUCCCACAUCUUCACUUACGAGCGGAUCGGCAUUAGACGCUGCUUGUGGGCCGUGUUUUUCCUGGGAUCACUGGCUUUCCUAGUGUGCGUCUGUGCGGACCGCAUACGCUUCUAUCUCGAGUACCCGCAUGUCACCAAACUGGACGAAGUGACGGCGCCGGUUAUGGUGUUCCCCGCUGUCACCUUCUGUAACCUGAACUCCUUUCGCUUCAGCCGCGUCACACGCAACGACAUUUAUCAUGCCGGGGAGUUCCUGGAACUGCUGAACAAUAGGUAUGAGAUUCGGGAUACACACCUGGUGGAGGACAACAUACUGGAGACGCUGAAGGUCAAGGCUGAUUUCUUCAACUUCAAGCCCCGUCCAUUCAACAUGCGCGAGUUCUAUGAUCGCACAGGGCACGACAUCAAGGACAUGCUCUUGUCCUGCCGCUAUCGUGGAGCUAAGUGCAGCACCGAAGACUUCAAAGUGGUCUUCACGCGUUAUGGGAAGUGCUACACUUUCAAUUCAGGACAAGGACUUCCUCGGCUGCUGUCUGUUAAGGGUGGCAUUGGCAAUGGACUGGAGGUGAUGCUGGAUAUACAACAAGACGAGUACCUCCCAGUAUGGGGAGAGACUGUUGAGACUUCAUUUGAAGCUGGAAUCAAAGUACAGAUCCACAGUCAGGAUGAGCCGCCCUUUAUCGACCAGCUGGGCUUUGGGGUGGCACCUGGAUUUCAGACUUUUGUUUCCUGCCAGGAACAGCGGCUGGUGUAUCUUCCUCCACCCUGGGGUGACUGCAAGACAACGCCCAUGAAUUCAGACUUUUUUGACACAUACAGUAUCUCAGCCUGUCGCAUUGACUGCGAGACCCGGUACUUGGUAGAGAAUUGCAACUGUCGCAUGGUGCACAUGCCAGGCGACGCCCCCUACUGCAGCCCAGAGCUGUACAGGGAGUGUGCUGACCCAGCUCUAGACUUCCUGUUAGAAAGGGACAAUGACUACUGUGUAUGUGAGACACCGUGCAACACAACACGCUACAGUAAGGAGCUGUCAUUUGUGAAGAUCCCCAGCAAGGCCUCUGCCAAGUACCUGGCUAAGAAGUUUAACAGGUCACAGCAAUAUAUUGCUGAUAAUAUGCUGGUGCUGGAUAUCUUCUUUGAAGCCUUGAACUAUGAGACCAUAGAACAGAAGAAAGCCUAUGAAGUAGCAGGACUGCUAGGUGACAUUGGCGGACAGAUGGGCCUGUUUAUAGGUGCCAGCAUUCUUACUAUUUUGGAGCUGUUCGACUAUCUGUAUGAGGUGGUAAAGCACAAGCUGUGCUUCCACUCCCAGAAGAAGCAAGAGCAGAGCAGCGACAGUGAACGGGGGGCGGUGCUGAGCCUGGAUGAUGUAAAGCGUCAUGUUAGUAACUAUCACUGAGUAUAUGAUAAUUACUGCUGCUGACUACUGAAGUCUUGGGGGGUGGUAUGUUGCAAACUAUUUAAUUCCAUACUUUGCUGCUUCCAUGAAUGUGUUUUAAGAAUUUGCAGCAUUAGCACUUGAGUAUGCAGAGUAAAGUACAUACUGGAAUACACAGAUGCUUACUUGGAUGCCAUUCCACUGAUGCAUGUUUCUCUCAGAACACUUUGGUGGAGUAUGCUUACUAAUGUAAAUAUCUAUCAAAUCUCUGUGUAGGUACAAAGUGUAUACUAAGCAAUUAUGUACUCUGGAAGAGAUCCAGAAAGACAAGAGUAUGGAAUGGAGAGAGAGACAGAUUUAUGUAGUGAAUCUGUGUGAGAACAGAUAAAAAAUAAUUAGUUGGGCCCAAAACAAUCUGCAUAAAUAUUUGCAUACAUAUACUAUGAUUAUGUUGUUCUUGUCCCUUGACUAUGUUUAUUUACAAAUAUUACAUAAAAUGUGUGCAUUCGAAAAGAGCAUCAGUGUUUAAUAUGUAAAUCAAUAUACAUGUCAUUUGGUUAUGUUUUAUCUGAAAGAUUUUGUGUCCAGCUCUUCCCAUUUUACAUUAGUGUAACUACACAAAAUGAAAUAUAUAUAUAUAUAUAUAAACUUGAAUGUUAAAAUUUUACAAAUAAUUAUUUUAUAAUAGUUUCUACUUAUUUUGACUGAAUUCAGCCGGAUAGUUUUUGUUAAAAUUUUUAAGGAAAAAUCAGCAUGUCAGUGAAAAGAGACAAUGUAUACCAUCUCAAAGUUUUCCGUGUAAUGAUACAAAAACAUGCGGGCACCACCUGUGUAUUUCUGUGCAGAAAUAGCAUGCUGUACACAACUAAUGGAUUAUUACUUUUAUGACGAUUAAAUUACUUUAGAGAACCAAUAUAAAUCAUAUAGAAAACAUUAAUAGCGCUUAGUGGAAAACUGAAUAACAGUCAAGAAACAGUGGAUGCCAACUUAGUAUUAUCAGAAAACACAUUGGUGUUACUUUGUUGAACCAAAUAUCUUGAAGCAUAUGAUGAAUGAUACAUAAUAAAAAGGAAAUGCUGUCACACUUUGCAUUGGGUUGCAGUUACUAGCUGCAGUUACUUAAGUUUAAAUUGCCUUUGAGUUUAAAUUGGACUUUUUUGCAUAAUAUGUAUGUAUUAAUGUUGGUUGUAUUAAUAACUAUAUCAGCCUAUCUAAAUGGCAAUGUUUACCUGGAUUAGCAGAAUAAAAAGUGCCAUUCAGCCGCGAGACCUCCACAUGGGAGUCACAUAUGUAUUAUAUAUUUAGCUCAUUUUUAUUUCUUGGAGGGUUCUCCACACAAAUGAUUAAGUUAUAGUUGCCUUUUUGACACACACUGUAUGAUUUUUCACAUUUUUGUCAAAUGUCAUUUUCAGUACAGAUUUUGAUGUAUUAUGUAAUAUGGAUUGUGCAUUAUCCUCCAUAAAGAUGCUUGCUUAUAUAAUAUUGUUAUUAAUAAUAAACUACAAAGUCCUUGUCUCA